AUGCCCCUUCACUCCAUCAUCAGCUCGCUCCGCGCCCAGACACGUUCUCAGCGCAAUAACUCGCUGCAGGCGAAUACAGAAAAACUAGGAUGGCGUCUUGCGGAGGUGUUGUCGAGAAUGUGGGAUUUGGGCUUCACGGCUUUCGGUGGGCCGCCGGUUCAUUUCCAGAUUUUGCACAGGCGAUUUGUGGAUGGGAUGGGUUUUGGCGGUGGGAGCAAGUGGAUCGAUGAACAGACUUAUCAAGAGCUUUUUGCUAUAUGUCAAGCGCUGCCAGGUCCAGCUUCGACGAAGAUGGUGUUCUGUAUCGCCAUGAUACAUGCUGGAAUUGUCUCAGCCGUUUUCGCCUUCUUGCUCUGGAGCCUACCCGGCGCUAUUGCCAUGUAUGGGCUCUCUCUCGGUGUGCAAAAGAUGCCAGACAGAUUACCGCCCCUAGUCUAUGCUUUGCUGAGCGGAAUGAACGCAAGUACUGUGGGCAUUAUCGCUUUGGCUGCUGUGCAACUUGCCGAAAAGGCCAUCCAGGAUCGAAUAACGAGACUACUAGUCAUCUUUGGUGCCUGUGCUGGCAUCUGCUACAACGCGCUGUGGUACUUUCCAGUCUUGAUCGCCAUUGGAGGAGCAGCGACAGUAGUCUGGGAUGUCUGGCUUCAGCAGAAAAUUGGCAAGCUUCGAGCAGGGUAUGAGACGAGCAGGAGAAGGACUAGAAAUGAGGACUGCGAUGCCGAGGUUGUGACUGCGACGGAGAGCAUUCCUGCGGAAGUUGGUAGGCCAGAGGCUGUCAAACGCAGAAAUCUGGCGGGAAGCUCGACUGAUCGCAUCGUAUUCGAGGAGGGUGCUGGUGGUCCGAGUCGAGCUGAAGAGCGACAAAGUACAGAAAAUGCUACAGGCAAUGGUGCACCGGUCGCGGAUACCAUAACGCACAACAUUUCCAUCAGGGUCGGAGUCUCGCUCAUCGCAGCCUUUCUUGUAUCUUUCAUUAUCGUUAUGGUGAUCCGCGGUACCGUUUCGAAACGCGCUCUCUCUUUUGAUCUCUUCUCCAACAUGUACCUGGCUGGGACGAUCAUCUUCGGCGGCGGUCCCGUUGUUAUCCCUCUUCUACGCACCUACGUUGUCGAUCCAGGCUGGGUAUCCCCUCGAGACUUCCUCCUUGGCCUCGCCAUCAUCCAAGCGCUGCCUGGUCCUAAUUUCAAUUUCAGCGUGUACCUUGGCGCUCUCACAAUCGCCUCAACCUCUAUCCCAACCGUCUUCGGUGCUUUGCUCGCCUUUUUUGGCAUCUUCUUUCCCGGAAUCAUCCUCGCGGUUGGUGUGCAGUCUAUUUGGCAAGUCAUGAGAACAAAGUCCUGGGUUCUGAGCUUGUUGAGGGGCAUUAAUGCUGCAGCUGUGGGCUUGGUGUUCACCGCUGUCUAUAGGCUGUGGGAGAUUGGGUAUUUAACACCGGAGAGUAGUGAUGGGAAAAGUCUGGCCGAGGAGCCCUGGUGGGUGGUUGUCGCUGCUGUUACAUAUGCAGAGACUGCGUGGUUUAGUGUACCGCCUGCGGUGGCGAUUGUCAUGGGCGCUGUGUUGGGGUUAGGGUGGUUUGGUGUUGUAGGACGGUAA